AUGUCCAUUUGUCACAUGGCAUCCAGAUUUGGUCGUGCCAGCAAACAUUUGGACGUAUUGUCUAUAUUCGAGGCCAGUAACAUGAUAGAGCAACAGCAUCAGCAGCAGCAGUUGAAGCAUAACGAGCAUCAUCAGCAACAACAACAACAACAUGAAUCUGCACGUCAGCCAAACAUUUCAACCAUUUCAGCCAAAAGGACACCCAUGCAGCUACCACCACCUCAGGCGACUUCAAAUGACCUCUAUCGCACAAAUGGUUCCACAGGCAACAAUGCUGAGCUGCGACCCUUAACUGUGUCCCAAUUGGAUUUGGCCAAUAAUGGAUUGGGUAGACGGCUCCAUAGACAGGACUCGGAAACUGGUUCCUUCAAUGCCCACAGCAGAGGCAGACUAAAAGAUUCAGGGGGUGGUGUCGGUGUCAGCAGUACAAACUCCAACAAUAUGCAUUCCAACGAAGCUCCAACAGCUGUCCUAGUCAACUCUGCUGCGGACAAUCGCCAUCGCAGAUGUGGCAGCACCAACAGCACCCGCAGCAAUCAACUAAGAAAACCCAGUUCCUCAAGUGGUGGUGGUCGUACCACCACCUCAUCGGCGGCAGCCUAUUCCGGUAUGAAUCCCAGCUCAGCCCAGCAACAAAUGAAACCUGCCUCUCAGCUCACAAAUCCCGCUGCAGUGCGUCCCAUCACCCAACAGCCCCACCAAAACUCCAACAACAUGUCAUCCUCCUCCAACCCGACAUCAAGCCAAGCCAAGAAACCCGCCACGGAUCGCAGUGAUGACGAACGGUUAAGCACCACAGCCGAUAGCACGGGAGGUUGUGGUGGCGGUGCCGGUGAAUCCCGACGCAUGCAUCGUCGUCGUCGCUCACGACGAAGAAAUAAACCAAUGAAUGGCGGCGGCGAAGGCAUGUCAUCAUCCCCAUCCGAUUCAUCCUCUUCCUCAUCGUCGGGCUCAUCGACCGCCUCGAGCUGUAAUGGUUCCUGUAGUUCAGAUGAUGGGGAGUCAUCUACCUCGUCGGGUGAACCGAAUUUGCCAUAUCCGGGAUUUCCUGCAGUUGCAUUGAAGUAUCUGACACAGGAUACGAGGCCUAGGAAUUGGUACAACAACAACAAAGGAAACCUCUUAGAGUAA